AUAACAACCCGGAAGUUGGUUGUGCGACCGACAAAUGGCAGCCGCCGGUAACUCGAACACACCGCGGUGUCCACGGGUUAAAACUAGAAACACAAACAAUUGUACCCCUCUUAGAGCUCUGCCAGCUGUCUUGCUGGUAAACAACUUUACUUAAUUGUAAUUUCCAAGACGCUGGAGAGUUUAGCCUACAGCUAAGUUAGUUAGUGCAUGUUUUUUUGCGAUGGAUCUGUUGGAGCCUCCCACACCGGUGAAGGAUAAUGCUUCUUCUCAUUCGGAGUCCAAAGCCAAGAACUGCGAUCUGUCCCCCGCGAUGAGAGCCAAGAUCGAACGAAACAGACAGCGGGCUCUAAUGCUGAGGCAAGCCCGACUUGCCAGCAGACCAUCGGCAGGAGAAGGGGGUGGAACCUCGGCUAAAGUCGCUAAGAUAGUCGACUCUGGAGGUGGGUUCUUCAUUGAUGAAGAAGAGGAGGGACAGGAGGAGCAAAGGACAAAGGAAGUGGUGCUUCAACCAGCCCCGGUGAUAGAGACAGACUAUCUGCUGUGUGAUGACUGUGACAAGCCGUUUAUGGAUUCCUACCUCAGCAGCGGCUUCGAUCUGGCAGUCUGUGACAACUGCAGAGACAACGAGGUGAAACACAAGCUGAUAUCCCGUACGGAGGCUAAGCAGCUCUACCUACUGAAGGACUGUGACCUGGACAAGAGGGAACCAGUGCUGAGGUUUGUCCUGAGGAAGAACCCACACAACCCUCACUGGGGAGACAUGAAACUCUACCUCAAGCUGCAGGUGGAGAAGCGCUCCUUAGAGGUGUGGGACUCCGAGGAGGCCCUGGAGGAGGCCAAGGAGGCCAGAGAGGAGAACAGGGAGGUGCAGAAGCAGAAGCGCUUCAACAAAAAGGUUAAAGAGCUCCGCCGGGCAGUGAGGAGCAGCGUGUGGACAAAGGACACCAGUGCUCACCAGCACGAGUACGGCCCCGAGGAGCUAGUGGAUGAAGAGGAGGAUCUCUACAGGAAGGUCUGUAACACCUGUGGACAUGAACUGACCUAUGAGAAGAUGUAGCCUAGUGUCCUUUAAACCGUAUCCCGGAGGCUCACAGGGUGAGUUCUUUUUUUUUUUCUGGACCACUGAUGAUACACCUGACAUGUAAACUGAGAUUCAAAUGACUGAUACCUCAAGACACAUGUCUUGAAGCUGAAGCAAGGAGGCUGACCUGAAAUCAUCUCAGCACCUGCCAUACACAAAGAAUCCACAAGAGGGCAUAAAUACAUCAACACAUUUGUACAGAGAAACGUUGCAGUGCUCAGAAGCUGGUCGUAGCUGUUAUGUUAUAUUAUCAACUGUCUAGCAUGUUAACUUCCAUUUUGUAUUGACCAUUUCUAAGAUCAUGUAAUGUGUAGAAGGAUCUGCAUGUGCACAAUAAAUAUAUUUUUUUCCAUAAUGUGAUCACUUUUGCAUCUGUACUUGACUUGUUUUAGAUCUGUAAACAAUCUGUAAAACAAAUGUGCUGUUUUGUGCCCUUGGUGAAGAUGGAGAAUUAUUGUAUUAAUCCAGAAUCAAGAAAUUGAUUUCGUUUGCAUAAAAUUCAUUGAAAAUGGUA